AUGAAAACUCUGCCGCUGUUUGUGUGCAUCUGUGCACUGAGUGCUUGCUUCUCAUUCAGUGAAGGUCAAGAAAGGGAUCACGAACUACGUCACAGAAGGCAUCAUCACCAAUCAGCCCAAUCUCACUUUGAAUUACCACAUCAUCCUGGACUGCUGGUUCACCAGAAGCCGCUCAUUAAAAAGUCCUAUAAAUGUCUACACAAACGCUGUAGGCCUAAGCUUCCACCUUCACCUAAUAACUCCCACAAAUUCCCAAAUCCUCACCAGCCACCUAAACAUCCAGAUCAAAAUGGCAGUGUGGUCAACCCUACCAUAGUGGCUACAACCCAAAUUCCAUCUGUGACUUCCCCAUCAGCUUCCACCAAAAUUACUACCCUUCCAAAUGUGACUUUUCCUCCUCAGAAUGCUACCACCAUAUCUUCAAGAGAAAAUGUUAACACAAGCUCUUCUGUAGCUACAUUAACACCAGUGAAUUCCCCAGCUCCACAAGACACCACAGCUGCCCCACCCACACCUUCUACAACUACACCAGCUCCACCAUCUUCCUCAGCUCCACAAGAGACCACAGCUGCCCCACCCACACCUUCUGCAACUACACCAGCUCCACCAUCUUCCCCAGCUCCACAAGAGACCACAGCUGCCCCAAUUACCACACCUAAUUCUUCCCCAACUACUCUUGCACCUGACACUUCUGAAACUUCAGCUGCACCCACACACCAAACUACUACUUCAGUCACUACUCAAACUACUACUACUAAACAACCAACUUCAGCUCCUGGCCAAAAUAAAAUUUCUCAAUUUAUUUUAUAUAUGAAGAAUCUACUAAACAGAAUUUUUGAAGACAUACUGGAGCAAUAGUAUAUUAUAUGUUGUAAAAUGUUCUGUCAUUUAUGUGCUUCAUGAGUGCAGAACUACCAUCUUUACUUUUAGCACCAAUCCCAACAUGAAAUUAUAUUACUCAGAUUUAAAGCACUAUCAUUAAUCUUUCAAUCUAAUUAUUCACCACCACAAGACCUAUUAACAAGAUAAAAUGCCUCUAUCCCACAAGCCAGAUGCAGGUCUGAGGUUCAAAAUAACUCUUUGGAUCCUACAGAGAUAGCCUACUGAGGGCAGAGAAAGUCCUCAGAUAAAAAGAGAAUAUUGUAUGGGCCAUCAACCAUUUACUUUUCCCUGAAUGUUAGAAACUACAAAAUCACUACCUUGUACCCCCAUCAAAAUCCCACCUGAACCAUCUAAUCCUAUAAACAUAAACGGGUAAAAUUGGAACUUUCCAGAUGAACAAAGACAUCUAAAUAUCUGUAGAUAGAAACAUUUAUCUAUCUAAAUAUAUUGAUAGACCUGUCAUUGUACUGAUUAAUGACAAAAUCCUUUAGAUAAUUAUCUUUAACUUUAAAUAAAAUUUUAUUUCACAAAUGUGAGCCGAGAAAGAGGAAAGUUGAUUUGAAGUGAGGAUUAGAAGUGAAUGACAAUAAAGUCUGGCAGCCAAGCACGAACCAAGACUGGCACUACUUUUCUUAGUGUAUAUAAUUGUUUAAACUGCAAGGUUGACAUUUAUUGUGUUGUGUCUCAGUUAAUUUCGAUCUAAUGUACCUGAUUCUAGCCUCUGUGAACAACAAGAAUACGUUUGUGUAUGUUCACAUGGUGCUCAUAAUAUUUCACUAUCAAUUCAAUUAAUUCACAUAAAUUCCAUGUGAAAUGUAUUCAACAAUGGAAUAUUUUCUACAAUAUUUAGUAUACAUUUGAAUGUAUUUUAAACCAUGCCAAACUACUGCUUUAAUGUCAAGUUUGCAGAAUUGUCUCUGAAAAUAAAAACCCUGACUUUAGUUGUAAAAGAAUAAAAAUUAGCUACUUGGUAUACGGAGAUGUUAAUUUGGGAUAUAGAGGCAUUUUUAUCUUCUGUCACUACUACUUAAAACUCUGAUGAUUAUGUUAGAUUUUUUUGCUAACUAAUAAAGAUUUCAAAUGGCAAUUUA